ACUAGUCCCUACCCCACAAACUUCGACAUUACUGUCCACUAAGAAUUUGACCGAACUGUCCGUUCCGCGUCGCUAGGGCGCUAUAGGCCCCGUCGGACAAGUACUGGCAACACGUCCGUAGUAGUGUCGUUCGCGGCCUGGAACGAAUAUGGUAAACCUACUCCGGAGUACAUUAAGUGCAGUGGCUCCCUGCAACUCAGUCGCUGGCCCACUCUCUCGGUACCAGCUAUUUACCAUCGUCCGGCAUCUUCCGCAGUCCGGCGAACAGGGAGCAUGAAGUUUACAACAGCUGCUUCGACAAGCGCCUUUGUAGCCUGUGUGCUGGCAAGCGGUUUCGAGCCUGACGACUUCAAUGUCACCAAAGCCUUGGUAGACAACGGGUUCGAUGUUACUAGUAUCCCUGGUCUGGCAGAUCUAGCGGAGCGAUCUUCCUCCAGUGCUUGUUCGCUAGCUUGCGCAGCCCUAAGGCUUUCCUUUGGUAACGGUACUGUGCUGUCGGAAGGAAGCGCAGGAUACGACAGUUUCACCAGCGAUUAUUGGGCAGCUCAGCAAGCCGUUGUGAACCCGUUUUGUGUGUUCAAGCCUAGUAUUGCCUCGCAAGUCUCAACUGUUGUGCUCUUGUCCCGACUUACGCAAUGUCCUUUCGCUGUGAAAGGAGGUGGACACGCUGCCUUUGCUGGUGGAUCUAGCAUUGAGGGAGGCAUUACCAUUGCCCUGGAGAAAUUCACCGAGAAGACCCUAUCUGCAGACAAGAAGAUCGCCUCUGUUGGCUCAGGAAAUCGCUGGGCGGACGUGUAUCCAUGGAUUGAGCAGUAUGGCCUUGAAGUCAUUGGUGGUCGCAUCUCAUCCGUCGGUGUGUCUGGAUUGACUCUAGGAGGAGGCAUCUCUCAUUACGCGAACGCCUAUGGAUGGGCCUGCGAUAACAUCGAGUCUUUCGAAGUGGUGACAGCCUCGGGCAUUAUUGUGGACGCGAGUGCCACCGAAUUACCAGACCUUUAUUGGGCUCUUCGCGGUGGUGGCAACAACUUUGGUAUUGUUACCAAGUUCAACAUGCGAACUUUUGUUCAAGGUGAAAUGUGGGGUGGGCAGCGCGCCCAUACUGAGGAUCAGUGGGACAAAGUGUACCAAGCAUAUUACAACUAUGCUGUCAACGCAGAGAAGGAUACAAAACAGGCUCAGAUCGUCUCUUUUGCGCUCCAGGCUGGUAUGAAGAUUGCGGCCGAGGAUCUAGAGUACUCCCAGCCUACGCCAUGGCCAGCAGUUUUUGACGACUGGAAAGCCAUCCCAGCGAUCAUCGACCAAACCGCCAUUGCGAACAUGUCAACCUUGGCCAACCAACUUGGUGCCGGGGCACCCGAUGGCGUCCAAGAGACCUAUUGGGACCGCACUUUCAAGGUGGAUCAGGGUAUCUUCAAGGCGUUCAUCGACAUCUUCUUCGACAUGGUGCCGGCGAUUCAGGACGCUGCGGGCAUUUUGCCCGUUCUCUCGUUCCAGGCAAUCACCGUCCCUGCCAUGAGAAAUAUGCAACAGAACGGCGGCAACGCGCUCGGUCUCGACCCCAGCGAUGGCCCGAUCUUCAUCUGUAACCUGGCUAUCCUCUGGACAGACGUCGCGGAUAAUGCCCGGAUCAUGUCUUUCAGUAACAGUCUGUACGAGCGGCUUGUCGAGGAAGCGGCGAAGAAGGAUCUCAAUCACAACUACAUCUAUAUGAACUACGCGUCGCCGUAUCAAGAUGUCAUCGCUAGCUAUGGCGCUGCCAACAAGCAAAAGUUGAAAAGCAUCUCUGGCGAGUACGACCCAACUGGAGUCUUCCAGGUGCUCCAGCCAGGAUACUUCAAGCUCGAGGGAGCACCUUACGGCGCAUUUCCUGCGUAAUCACAAUGUAGACAAUCAACGAUAGAUGUACCACCAGUAUAAUACGUAAUUAAUUGAUCGUCAGUCGAGCACUCGCAGCCCUUCCUCCGUCACUCUCGUGAGCUCUUUCCUUAUCAGUUGAAUUGAGGUGGAUUUUGGCACCGACCAUCUCGAAGGGGUAGGUCCAACCAAAACAAUGCAACAGUAUGCGCACCAUGGAUGUCAGUGUUCCGCCGAUUAGCGCAAAUCGCAAGGGUCAGGUGUCGAGUGAAUGUCGAAGCUUCAGGUACUUGACAUCUGCGUG